UAAAUAAAUUCACAUACUCCAUUUCAUGCCCUAAUAUUCAACCUAUUCAAUGACAAGAAGCAAUUGAUAAUACCUCACAAAUGGCGGGAAAAUUUUCUAUAUCUAUUCCAAAUGUGAGAGACGUCGAGUCAUUCAUCGAACCGUGCAUAUAGAACAGCAUAAAACCCUAGCGAACCUUCGACCCUUUUUCAUCAUCAAUCAGCAAAUCUUCGUUCUCUGAAACAGAGGUUUCCAUGGAUUCCAACCAUUUAUCUGCUUCAGCCGUUCCAUGGCUUUGGGUCACCGAAUACAUCGCAAGUUUGGAGCAUGUAGAUGCACCUGUUCUGAUGAAUUUGCUCAGAAUGAUACCCCUCGAAUGUGCUGAUGAUGUGGGAAAAAAUAUGAGGGAAGUCAUAAAUUUGAGAAUUUUGGAGGGUUUGUUCUCUCAGAGUCAGAGAAGCGAAACCCAAAAUGGUGAUUCUUCUGAGCCACAUUCAAAAAUUGUAAUUGAUCCAUCAGAGAGCUGUGAAGAUGUCUGUGAACGAAUAUUGUUUGAGAUGUCUGUUUCAAAUUUGAGAAGGGGUGCACCAGGGAUGUCAAAAUGGGAUGUUCAAUCCUUUAUCAUGCAUAAAAGAGCUUGCUUGCCUAAACCUACUUUACAACAGCUGAAGGAUGCUAUUCUUCAAGGUAGCCACCUAAUUCCUGCAUCAUUGAAGGAAAAGAGUGGGUUGGGAAUUAGAAAUCAAUCUGAAAAUAGAACCCCUGUAGCCGAUGGUGAUGAUCCUAAUAGCACCGUAUGGAGACAUGAGUGGAGCGCCGCAGAUGGCCAAACCAUGGCAGCACAAGGGAACUUUGUUACUUUGACUCCUGAAAAAGGAGAUGGUCUUUUGCGAGAAGACUCACCCAAAAGAAACUUGUUACCUGUCUUGGCUACUGGAAAUCAAGUGGGAGAAUUUCACGAGAGCCAAAAUUAUAUGGACAAUGGUUGUGACCCGCAUUCAAAUGCUGCCAAGAAGCUUGAGCAUGAUGCAACUUUUACCACUCUAGACAUAAGCCAGAAUUCAGUUUCUCUACAUGGAAAUGAACUACUACAUGAUUCAUCUGGAAGAACUGUAGAGCAUACUGGAAGAGGAGGGUGUGAUUUGGAGAGAGAACCUCAGGUUGGACGCGUGGAGGAAAGCUGGUCUCUAGUGGAUGGUGAUGAUGAGUGUGCUGCAUCAAAGAGGCAGAACAGUGAUGUCGACAGUGCUGGAUUGCAGCAUAAACAGCUACAUAUACCGUGCAAUGACAAUGAACCUCAAGAUAUGUCAGGAGAUGGACCUACCCAAAAUAUGUGUGUCGAUGAUGCUAAAGAUGAAGGUAAAGAUUCUGCUGAAAUGAGAGUGUCAAAUAGUUCAUUCCCAGAUGUAAUCAAGCAAAAAUUUUGUGUUGAUGAAGCCAGACAAAGUACGUCAAAUGAUGCACCAUGUAAUGAAGCCAAAGAUGAUAUGGAGCAUAAUUGUGAAUUCAAAACUUCAAGUGAUACCAGCUGGCAUCAUGUUGACAAGAUUGAUAUUGCCACUAUGAAAGAUAAUCUUUUGAGUUCUUGGAGCACAUACAGUCAAGAUUCCUUCUCAAUGGCUGAUUCAACAGAGCUGAAUCUUUGCGUCAAGUGUAACAAAAGUGGUCAGUUGUUGGCUUGUAGUGCCACUACCUGCCCAUUAAUGGUUCACAAGAGCUGCUUGGGCAGUGCAGCCAGCUUUGAUGACAGGGGGAACUUUUACUGCCCCUUCUGUACAUAUUCGCGAGCAAUGUCUGACUAUCUGAAACUUAAGAAAGAGGCUUCCUUGAAAAAGAAAGAACUGGCUGCCUUUACUGGUUUGGGGAUUGAACAACGACUAAAGAAAUGUUUUAAGAGAUUGCAACCAGAGCAAAUUCCAUUAAGACAAGAUGAAAACUUGGAUGAAUGCAAUGAAGCAAACUACGUCACAAAUUAUUUAAAUGAAGUCAGUAGCCCUCAAUGUAGGAUCAUAAAUGAUGAGCAACAAGAAGAGCCUUCAGCAUCUUGUGUCAAUCAUAAUUUACCUUGUGCAGAAAAGGGAGCAAACAUGAUUAAAGGAAUACUUGGUGUUUCAAUGGAAGAUCAACAAGAAGGGAAAGAAAUGGGCCAAGAGUGCCAAUCUACAAGCACCCUACAAGGUCAUCAGAUAGAAGUGCAGGCUUUUCAUCAUUUUGAUGGUGACGAAUCAUCUAGCAAAGGCAGAGAGAUUGUCGUUUGGAAUGGAGGACAUGCGGAAGUUGGAAUACAUCAGGAUGGUCUACAGCAACCAAUUAUUGUAUCUCCUCAUGUGCCCACUUGUCCACCAAAUAAUGAUGCAGGGCAAAGUUCAGGAGAAGAAAAUGAUAAGUCCAUCGCCUCAAAUUACUACAUACAAUGGAGGAAGCAAGAAACCCACUACACGUAUCCAGCAAUUCCUCAUUCAAGGCGAAAGAAAGUACCCUGGACAAAAAUGGAGGUAGAUAUGCUAAAGUAUUGCAGGAGGGAGUACAGAGAUUUUCUAGUGUUAAUGAAAGAAGUAUGUCAUGGAAGAAGGUUUUGGAAUUUGGAUGUAAUGUUUUCAAAGGUCGUACAACAACAGACCUCAAAGACAAAUGGAGGAACAUAUGCAAAGGAAGCUCAAGACCAAAAUGAAAUUGUCAACUCAGACAGACAGUUACAAAUGUAGAUAUGUCAUAUAUCCUGUUUUUUUGGUUUUGUACCUGAAGAUUCAUGUUUUGGUGAUCUUCACUAAUCCACUCUGUCCCUGAAGCUUCUUUUUUUUGGUAAUCUUCAUUGUCCCUUAAGGUUCAGCUUUUUGGUCUUCUUCAGUGCCCCUGAAGCUUUUUUUAAUCUAAAGAUGAGGUUGCUGACUUUGAAUUGCCCUUGUGUUACGGAAACUAUGCUUUAGAUGACUUGAAAUUGGUUUCAUUUCUUAAUAAUCCCUACUCCUGUUAUUUUCAAAAAUGAUUUUAAGGAGAGGUAUUUUGGAUUCAGGCAAUUAAUUAUUAAGAUUUUGAUAUAUGAUUUGUUGAAAUUGCCUUAUAAGCGUAAUGAUUCUAUGAGGAAACUAUCAAUAUUUCGAGUCCAUGCUCAAAUUAAAUCGAAGAAAUCAGGCAGAAAUUCAAGAGGCAUUAAGACACAAGUUCGUGAUCAAGAAGAAAGAUUUUCAAUUUAAUUUGGAUGUAGUCUUGAAGUUCCUGUUGCUAAUCUUGUGUACCUGCAUUGACUUUUAUUAUGUAUGCAACUUCAAUAUUCUCCUCUGGACAAAGUUUUGAGUGUCACCUUCCUCUUUUGCAAUGUAAUUUCAUGCCUUAAACCUUGG